GAAGAACGUGAGUGAGCCUGAGACGGGAGAAGGUGAGAGAGCCAAGCGGAAAGGCGGACGAACGUGGAGCGGGGCUUGGGCUCUCCCCUUCGCAGAUAGUGGGAGGAGCCGGCCACCAGCAAGCUCUUUCCUUUCGCCGCUGCGUCCGCAGCCAUGAGUAUGCUCAGGCUGCAGAAGAGGCUUGCCUCUAGCGUCCUCCGCUGUGGUAAGAAGAAGGUCUGGUUGGACCCCAAUGAGACCAAUGAAAUCGCCAAUGCCAACUCCCACAGCCUGUAUCUGAAGGUCAAGGGGAAUGUCUUCAAAAACAAGCGGAUUCUCAUGGAACACAUCCACAAGCUGAAGGCAGACAAGGCCCGCAAGAAGCUCCUGGCUGACCAGGCUGAGGCUCGCAGGUCUAAGACCAAGGAAGCCCGAAAGCGCCGGGAGGAGCGUCUCCAGGCCAAGAAGGAGGAGAUCAUCAAGACGCUGUCCAAGGAGGAAGAGACCAAGAAAUAAAGCUUCCCUCCUGUCUGUA